AUGUUUGUCGUGUUGUUUGUGUUGGUGAGUGUCGUUAGUGGGGAAGUGAAUUCGACCGAGGGUAUCACGGGUUCUCGUAUGGCAUGGAUGAAAGGACUUUUAGACCACCACGACUGGAUAGACAUUCUUGAUGGAAAUCAUUCCAUACCGCAAACGUGUGAACAUGAUUUGAGGCAGUAUUUCAAUGCUUUGAAUCAAGGGAAACUAUGGGCUUCUAAAAUAUUCGACUCAUCAGGCCAUUAUAGUCCCAACGUCUUGUUCGGUAACGACUUCUGGCUGGGCUCAUGGAAUGCAUGCCGCGAUCUGCAGCUCAAACAGUACUAUGCACAGACACCACCCUUUGCCACCUCGUUCUAUGUGGCCAGGGUUAACCUCACUAUUGAUGGAGAGCAUAUACCACAGACGAGACCGAUGUUGGUCGGUCAAUGUAUGCCUGCUUCUUGCAGUAAAGAUGCCGUUAAGACGUUGUUGGAUGGAGCAGAAGAAAUGGCCAGCACUGCGGCUGCUUUAGUGGGCAUCGAUGCGAAGAUUACGACACUUUAUGUACGUGCUGUACCCGGCUCUUACUCUUUAAUGGCUGACCCCAAAAUGCAUAUACUUGGAGCGGCGAUAAUUAUCGUGACAUUAUGGAUGCUCGUCGCAUCUUUGUACGAAGGCUAUUUGGAGAGACGAUAUCGCAAAAAGGAGCAAAAAGAUUUGGAGCUCGCCAACAAUAACCAAAAACCCACUAAUAAUAACAAUUCAAAAGAGGAAACAAAAGAAAUCGAAGAAGAAGUCAGAGAUAAAGAUUUACGUCGAGAAAUUUGUGGCAAG